AUGGCGGCCUCCAUGUUCUCUAGCCGGCUGUGGGCCGCCGCCACCCUGAGGAGCUGCCCGCCCCGGACGGCGCUGCGGGCCGCCGCCCAGGUUCUGGGAAGUUCUGGAUUGUUUAACAACCAUGGACUCCAAGUACAACAACAACAACAAAGGAAUCUCUCACUACAUGAAUACAUGAGUAUGGAAUUGUUGCAAGAAGCUGGAGUCGCCAUUCCCAAAGGACAGGUGGCUAAAUCACCAGAUGAAGCUUAUGCAAUUGCCAAAAAAUUAGGUUCAAAAGAUGUUGUGAUAAAGGCACAGGUUUUAGCUGGUGGUAGAGGAAAAGGAACAUUUGAAGGUGGUCUCAAAGGAGGAGUGAAGAUCGUUUUCUCUCCAGAAGAAGCAAAAGCUGUUUCCUCACAAAUGAUUGGGAAAAAAUUGUUUACCAAGCAAACAGGAGAAAAGGGCAGAAUUUGCAAUCAAGUGUUGGUUUGUGAGCGAAGAUAUCCCAGGAGAGAAUAUUACUUUGCAAUAACAAUGGAAAGGUCAUUUCAAGGUCCUGUAUUAAUAGGAAGUUCUCAAGGUGGUGUCAACAUUGAAGAUGUUGCUGCAGAGUCUCCCGAAGCCAUAGUUAAAGAACCUAUUGAUAUUGUAGAAGGCAUCAAAAAGGAACAAGCUGUCCGGCUUGCACAGAAGAUGGGAUUUCCAUCUAAUGUUGUGGAUUCUGCAGCAGAAAACAUGGUCAAGCUUUACAACCUUUUUCUGAAAUAUGAUGCAACCAUGGUAGAAAUAAAUCCUAUGGUAGAGGAUUCAGAUGGAGCUGUGCUGUGUAUGGAUGCGAAGAUCAAUUUUGAUUCUAAUUCAGCUUAUCGCCAGAAGAAAAUCUUUGAUCUCCAGGACUGGACUCAGGAAGAUGAAAGGGACAAAGAUGCAGCUAAGGCUGAUAUCAACUACAUUGGCCUAGAUGGGAAUAUAGGCUGUCUAGUAAACGGUGCUGGUUUGGCUAUGGCCACAAUGGAUAUAAUAAAACUUCAUGGAGGGACUCCAGCCAACUUUCUAGAUGUUGGUGGUGGUGCCACAGUCCAUCAAGUAACAGAAGCAUUUAAGCUUAUCACUUCAGAUAAAAAGGUACUGGCUAUUCUGGUCAACAUUUUUGGAGGAAUCAUGAGGUGUGAUGUUAUUGCACAGGGUAUAGUCAUGGCCGUUAAGGAUUUGGAAAUUAAAAUACCUAUUGUGGUACGGUUACAAGGUACAAGAGUGGAUGAUGCUAAGGCACUCAUAACUGACAGUGGACUUAAAAUCCUUGCUUGUGAUGACUUGGAUGAAGCUGCUAAAAUGGUUGUAAAGCUCUCUGAAAUAGUGAACUUAGCCAAACAAGCCCAGGUGGAUGUGAAAUUUCAGUUGCCGAUCUGA